UAACAUCUUACACUAGCCGUGGUGCUGCCCUAGUGAAAAAAAACCCAAACCUCCUCGCAGGCCCGGCCGCCGUCACCGCCGUCUCCACCCAAAAAGGUACGAACUUCCUCUUCCCCGGAAUUCCAUUCCUAUCAAAUUGAACCAUAAACCAGUAACCAUCAUCAAUGGCCGACCCGUCCCAUCAACCCCAACCUGAAUCAACCACACCCGACACCCGAAAGCUCCGAAACAUCUGCGUCCUGGCCCACGUCGACCACGGCAAGACGACCCUCUGCGACCACCUCAUCUCCGGCUCCGACAGCGGCAUCAUCCACCCCAAGCUCGCCGGCCGCCUCCGCUACAUGGACUCCCUCCUCGAGGAGCAGCGCCGCGCCAUCACCAUGAAGAGCUCCUCCAUCGCCCUCCGCCACUGCGACCACUCCGUCACCGUCAUCGACUCCCCGGGCCACAUGGACUUCUGCAGCGAAGUCUCCACCGCCGCCAGGCUCAGCGAUGGCGCGUUGAUCCUAGUCGACGCCGUCGAGGGCGUCCACAUCCAAACGCACGCCGUCUUGCGCCAGGCCUGGAUCGAGAAGCUCACGCCGUGCUUGGUGAUCAACAAGAUCGAUAGGUUGAUCGCCGAGCUGGGAAUGAGCCCUAUGGAUGCGUAUGUAAAGUUGUUGAAGAUUGUCCAUGAGGUUAAUAACAUUGUUAGUGCUUUUAAAUCUGUGAAAUACUUGAAUGAUGUGGAUGCCAUUCUUUCGGGGCCGGCCGGGGCCGACGAGUUGGCGUUUGAGGAGAUUGAGGAUGAUGAGGAGCUCAUGUUUCAGCCCCAGAAGGGCAAUGUGGCCUUUGUGUGUGCUUUGGAUGGUUGGGGGUUUAGUAUUAGGCAAUUUGCCGAGUUUUAUGAGGCGAAAUUCGGGUGGAGUACUAAUGCAUUGCAGAAGGCUUUAUGGGGGCCUUGGUAUUUUAAUCACAAGGAGAAGAAGAUUGUGGGACAGAAGGGUGUGGCGGGUUUGAAAAAGGCUCGGCCGAUGUUUGUUGAGUUUGUGCUUGAGCCGGUUUGGAGUGUGUACCAGGCGGCUUUGAAGGAGAAGGAGGAGGCUCAAGUGAUGGUUCAGAAGGUGAUUAGAACGUUUAAUUUGACUAUACCACCUCGGGAUUUGAAGGGUGACCCAAAAGGUAUGGUUCAGGCUGUGAUGAGUCGGUGGCUUCCUCUGCAUGAGGCUAUCUUGAACAUGGUUAUUAGGUGUAUGCCUGACCCGAUUGCAGCACAGUCAUUUCGGAUUACAAGGUUACUUCCAAAGAGAGAGGUUGUGGGAGAUGGGGUUGAUGCUAAUGUACUUGCAGAGGCGGAGCUUGUGAGAAGUUCCGUGGAAGCUUGUGAUUCUAGGCCUGAAGCUCCUUGUGUUGUUUUUGUUUCGAAAAUGUUUGCUGUGCCAACGAAAACACUUCCAAGGUAUGGCUUGGAUGGGGAGAUUUUGGAUAAUACAUCUGAUGAAGGUGAAUUGGAUGAGUGCUUCCUUGCGUUUGCAAGGAUCUAUAGUGGGGUUCUUCGUCCUGGUGAGAAAAUUUAUGUGCUUUCAGCUUUAUAUGAUCCCUUAAAAGGGGAAUCAAUGCAGAAGCAUAUUCAGGUGGCUAAGUUGCAUUCUCUGUAUCUCAUGAUGGGCCAAAAUUUACAGCAUGUGCCAGAGGCGCAGGCAGGGGAUAUUGUGGCAAUCCGAGGCCUUGGGCAGCAUAUACUGAAAACUGCAACACUUUCAUCAACAAAGAACUGUUGGCCUUUCUCCAGUAUGUCAUUCCAGGUUUCUCCCACUCUGAAAGUUGCAAUUGAGCCAUCUGAUCCUGCAGAUAUGGGUGCAUUGAUGAAGGGUUUACGGCUGCUGAACAGGGCAGACCCUUUUGUAGAGGUCACGGUUUCUGCUAGAGGAGAACAUGUUCUGUCUGCUGCAGGAGAAGUACAUCUUGAAAGAUGCAUAAAAGAUUUGAAGGAUAGAUUUGCAAGGGUAGGCUUGGAAGUGUCUAAGCCUCUUGUGUCUUUUAAAGAGACCAUUUUGGGAGAUGAAUCCACACUUGAGAACUUAAAAUCCUUUGUUGCCAGUUCAGAAUAUGUUGAGAAAGUGACACAAAAUGGAAGGUGUGUUGUUCGGGUGAAGGUCCUGAAGCUCCCACCUUCUCUAACCAAGGUGAUUGAUGAAAGUUCUGAUAUUCUAGCAGAUAUCCUUGGAGGCAAGGCUGCCCAGACAGGAGAGACCAAUAAAAGUUUAAACACACAGGUUGCAAGCACUGUAGAGGAUGCGAAUCCAAUUGAAACACUAAGGAAACGUAUGAUGGAAGCUGUGGAAAGUGAUAUUUUGUCUAGUGGUGAGACUGACAAAGAUCGGGCUGAGAAAUGUAAAGUCCAAUGGCAAAAACUUCUUAAAAGGAUCUGGGCACUUGGCCCUUGGCAUAUUGGCCCUAACAUCCUACUUGCUCCAGAAAUGAAAGGAAAGGGUACUGACUCCUCUGUGCUCAUCCGCGGCUCCUCUCAUGUUUCUGAGAAAUUAGGAUUGGUGGAUGCUUCUGACAAUGAUAAUGCAGCUGCUGACACAUCUUCAGAAGUAACUGAAGCAUUGUAUGCUGAAGCAGAGCGCCUUCAUAGCAGCGUUUUAUCUGGGUUUCAACUGGCAACAGCAGCUGGACCUUUAUGUGACGAGCCUAUGUGGGGUUUAGCAUUUGUGGUUGAAGCUUACAUUUCACCAUUAGCUGCUCAGUCUGAUGAGUUAGAAACCUCCCACCAGCAGCCUGAGCAAUAUGGUAUCUUCACAGGACAGGUAAUGACAGCCAUUAAGGAUGCUUGUAGAGUAGCUGUGCUUCAAAAGAAACCACGGCUUGUGGAAGCUAUGUACUUCUGUGAGUUGAUCACGCCAACUGAACAAUUGGGUAAUAUGUAUGCUGUGCUUGGACGAAGGCGGACGAAAGUUUUAAAGGAGGAAAUGCAGGAAGGCUCUGCAUUGUUCACUGUACAUGCCUAUGUGCCGGUUUCUGAAAGCUUUGGUUUUGCGGAUGAGCUUAGAAGGUGGACUGCUGGAGCUGCAAGUGCUCUUCUUGUGCUUAGCCACUGGGAAGCUCUUGAUAAGGAUCCUUUCUUUGUACCAAAAACGGAUGAGGAAAAAGAGGAGUUUGGUGAUGGUUCUAGUGUGCCUCCAAAUACAGCAAGAAAACUGAUAAAUGCUGUAAGACGGCAGAAGGGUCUUCCAGUGGAGGAAAAAGUAGUGCAGCACGCGACAAAGCAGAGGACCUUGGCUCGUAAAGUGUAGCCCGCUGGGAGAAAGCUGAGAAAAAGGCUUGCAACUGUUGUUAUAAAUAUAAUUGUUAGAGGGUUGGCACAUCUGUCUCAUGUAGUUGAGAUAUCAAUGUACACUAAUCACUGCUUCAGCUUGUCUUAAGGAAAACAAAGUGAAAUUUAAUAUCAGGUACAUGAUGAUCCUUCAAAUGCGCCAGUGGAUGGUCCAACCCAAUGGCUGUUGUGCCAUUUGGAGGAACUACUGGUAGAGCUUAUUGCAAUUGCUAGGGGAGGCAACGCUUCAACAUUGAUCUCUCACCCUAUCGUGAUUAGAAGACUGAUGCUACUUUGAUGGUAAGAAGUCUGAUAACGAUAUUAUGUAAUUGUUAGUUAUUCUUGGAUUGUCCAUUCUUGUCAAUAAAUGGUUUGUUAUAGCCAUUAUUCUAUAUAUAAGGGGUGAAUAAUACUGUUACACUAUUGCUAAGAAGCGGAAAACCCGUGUUUGUCCUCACUGUUCGAGGAGAAUAUCAAGUGGUGGAAAAGCCGUUUUUGUCCUUGGUUUUCUCAGUGUUGGAUAGGUAUAACGAUCGGGUCUGGAAUUAGACUCAUACAUCAAGAUCAGAAAAAGCGAAAGAAGAGAGAAGAAAGAAAAGAGGGAUAAAAGAGAGGGAAGGAGAUCUGGCGACAAUAGACCGGUUGCAAGUCUCUUUCAAAUUUCAAACACAGAGGUGAAAAGAGGGGCCGGUGAAUCAAUUGGAUAAUUCUGUCGGGGGUAUUGUUGGUGCUUCAGUUUGGGACUUUGAGUGAUUCAUUGGAGGAGGUUCAAGGAUUAUGGUUUGUGCUGCUGCUGCUGCUUUGUUUGAAUUGGGUUGUUUCAGAAAAGGUGCUGCUAACGAUAUACAACAGAUAGAACAGCUCCAAAGUUACCAGUACGAAUAUGUAAAGCCUCUCAGUUAUCAAAUAUGAACACAAUACAAAGCUGACAAAACGAGCUGAUUUGAAGGCAUUAACCAAGGC